UAUUUUGGGAAUAAUCUACCGGAAGUUGUUUCCUGGCAUGACGAGUUCACUCUGCGACGUCUCGCAGAAAGUUAGCCAGCGAGCUAAUGUUUAAUGUGUUAUUUAUUUUCAUGUAGAGCGUCACGUCGGACUCUUCGUUGAGCUCGCACUGGUCUGGUCCACAGGAUGAUCAGCACAGAGAGGGGGGGAGAUGGUGGUGCUGGUGCCGCAGAGCCCUCCAGUAAGAACAAGGAGAUGGAAAAGAAGAAGAGGUCCCGUGUCAAACAGCUGCUGGGUGAUGUGAAGAAGCAGGUGGAGUUCUGGUUCGGAGAUGUCAACCUGCACAAAGACCGCUUCCUGAAAAAACUCAUCGACGAGUCAGAUGAUGGAUAUGUUGAUCUGUCUGUGUUGGCGGACUUCAAUCGGAUGAAGAAGCUGACAACUGACACCAAGCUGAUUGCAAGAGCACUGAAAAAUUCAUCCGUAGUCGAGGUUAACCUAGAGGGGAAUAAAGUAAGGCGUCAGCUUCCAAUUGGAGAAGUACCAGACAAUGUUGACAGCCGCACAGUCUAUGUGGAACUUUUGCCAAAGGAUGUGACGCACAGCUGGAUAGAGAGAGUGUUCACAAAAUGUGGGAAUGUGGUUUAUGUCAGCAUCCCCAGAUACAAGUCCUCUGGAGACUCCAAGGGGUUUGCCUUUGUAGAGUUUGAGAAAGAAGAAGAAGCACAUAAAGCCAUAGAGAUGCUGAACAACCCCCCUGAAGACGCUCCCAGGAAGCCUGGGAUUUUCCCCAAGACGAAAAAAGGAAAGGCCAUUGCUCAGCCAGCCGACAAUCCACCCUCAGGGGAAGAAGAGGAGAAGAAAAAGCGAAAGAAGAAGAAGAAAAAAGAAGGUGCCGCAGCACAGGCUUCUGCUGAAGAAGCCAAAGAACAGGUGAUGGAGACGGAGCAGUCGGAUCAAAAGAGGAAGCGCUCAGCAACGGUGGAGUUUGAACCAGAGGUGGCCGCCACACAGAGGACGCCGGGCAAACUGUCUGAGAAAAAAAGGCGACGAUCACAGACCGCAGAUGGAUCUGAAAGUGAACUGCCAUCCAAAAUAAGAAAGACAAGUGAAUGUGACGAUCGAAAGAAGGAGACAGACACAACAAAGUCGAAUCUGCUUUCUCAAAGCAACUCAGAGACCGGUGUUGAGGAAGGGAAAGAAAACAGAGAUGACUCCACAGUGAAGGCAAAGAGAAAGCGAAAAAAGAAACACAAGGAGAAACUGAAAAUCGGGGAGGAGGUCAUCCCACUCCGUGUCCUGUCAAAGAAGGAGUGGCUUGACUUGAAGGAUGAGUAUCUGGCCUUGCAGAAGCGCAGCAUGAUGUCCCUAAAGAAGUGCAUGACUAAGAUCGAUCACAAGGAGCACAAGAGUCUCAUGGAGACAGACACUGAGCCUCAAGAUGGAAACAUGGAGAAGAGUAACAAAAGUGAGAAAGCAGCUAACCAAGGCCCUCAGUUUACCUGUGGUGUCAUCAUGAAGAUUACAGACGGCAAGCCGCUACCAGGGAGGAAGUUCAUCAAAGAUGCUCUGUGCAAAAUAUCACCGGUGGCGUACAUUGACAUCUUGGAAGGAGAUGCUGAGGGUCACAUCCGCUUUCACACCCCAGAAGACGCUAAAGUCAUCAGUGACGCUCGAGCAGAGCUACAGAAAGAGCACAGCUGGAAGCUCGAGAUCCUCUCAGGUGACCAUGAGCAAAGGUACUGGCAGAAGAUCCUAGUGGACCGCCAAGUCAAGCUGAAUCGUCCGAGGGAGAAGAAGCGGGGCACAGAGAAGCUCAUAUCCAAAGCCGAAAAAAUCAUCGUCGCCCGUGCAAAGGAGGCUAAUAAGCACAUCCGUUUCCAAGAAGACUGACCGCUGCUGAAACUAGUUUUUGAAGACCGUGCGUAGACGACUUUGUUUAAAGAGGGGACAGUUCUUAGCUGGAAGAAAACUGAAUGGAAACUUGAUCAAGUGUUGUUAAAAUGUCCCCUUUAUGUUUUUUUGUUUUCGUUUGCACUGGAGCCCCCGAGAUAAUGUGGGAUGCUGCUAUGCAUAAAGACAUGGUGGUAUUUUUUUAAUUGGUAACCUUUUUUUUAAAAAAAAGAUUCUGUAUGUGAUGUAAAUAUGAUUAAUUUGAAAGUUCUUCCAGUCAAAAUGUGGACAAGUUGUGGCAUUACCUUUUUGAAGAUAUUUGCCUUUUUGUUUUUUUUAAUAAAAUAUCAUUAUUUGAUCAUUACAGUA